AUGGGAGUAAGCAACAACAUAACUUCAGUGCUGAACUUCAUAGCCCUGUUGGCCUCAAUACCAAUAAUAGGUGCUGGCGUAUGGUUAGCCUCAAAGGCAGACAAUGAGUGCAUACACAACUUCCGUUGGCACGUUCUGAUCCUUGGCAUUCUCAUCCUCAUCGUUUCUCUUGCUGGUUUUGUGGGUGCUUACUGGAACAAACAGGGUCUCUUGGCCUUUUACCUUUGCUGCAUGGCAAUCCUCAUCGCUCUUCUCCUUUUCCUCCUCCUCUUUGCAUUCAUAGUUACCCGACCCGAUGGAAGCUAUGAUGUUCAAGGAAGAGGGUACAAAGAGUCUAGCCUUGAUGGCUUCUCCCCCUGGCUCAGACACCAUGUCACCACUUCUGGGAGUUGGCAGAAGAUAAGGACUUGUUUGGCUGAUUCUCAUGUCUGCAUUAAACUCACCCAGGAUUACAUCACUGCUCAUCAAUUCUUCAACUCUCCUAUCUCUCCUUUACAGUCAGGAUGUUGUAAACCUCCAACUGCUUGUGGGUACAAUUAUGUGAACCCUACACUGUGGAUAAAUCCAGUGAAUCCAAUGGCAGACCCCGAUUGCUACUUGUGGAACAAUGACCAGAACCAGCUCUGCUACGAUUGCAAUGCAUGCAAAGCAGGUCUACUGGGGAACCUAAGAGAAGAAUGGAGGAAAGCCAAUAUCAUUUUGAUUGUGGCUGUUGUUGUCCUCAUUUGGGUUUAUCUCAUUGCCUGUAGUGCCUUCAAAAAUGCUCAAACACAAGACCUAUUCCGCCGUUACAAAAGGGGUUGGGUUUGA